CGCUACUACUACUUAGGAUAGUAGUACUACUACUACUAGUCCUGCGUGCAUGCUCUGGAAAAUGGCGCAAGGUUGAUGAGGCGGCAUUCGAGAGAGUCAGAGAGAGUCGGGGGCGCCAUGGUUUUGGGACCAAGUUUAGCGUGACGAGAGGCCUUGGUUUCCAGUUCUGGGAUUGAGGUUUGCUCCAUUGGUUGGUUGUCUUGACAAUUGGGGUUUUACAUCGUUUGGAAUUGAUCAAUAAUGGAGGUUGCUGUGGCUCCGAGCCCCGCCCCACCAGCUGCAAAUGGACCUUCAGAGGGAAGCAAAGGGAAGAGCAUUCCGCAAGCAGGCAGCGGCGCUGGAGCUGGCGGUGCUCAAGCUGGCGGCAAUCAAUCAGGGGGAGCGGGCGGGAAAAAGCCGGCUGAGGGGGCUGCCUUUCGCGGAAGGGGUUCUCCUGGCCCGAGGAUGGUUCUAAUGGAUGUCGUCCCAAAGGCGCUUGAGAUCCACCGCCGCACAGUGACCCUUUGGGCUGCUCACGAGUUGAAGGGCAAGCUAACCAAGGCAUUCAAUGCUAUGCUUGAGAGGACGUUCCAGCGCCUCCAGCCAAGCCCGGCCGAUCACAGCAACAGGCUGCAUCUGCUGGAGCGUUUGAACAACAUCAUCCAGCCAAUUGCACCAGGUUCCCAGGUUGUCAUCUUUGGCAGCUUCGAAACAAACGUCUACACGCCGUCUGGCGAUCUGGACCUCUCGCUCGUGUUGCCUGAGGUGGGGUAUGUGCGAUUUGACAGGGAGCAAGUGGAAUUGCGUAGAGGCCCCGUGUCAAAGACGCAGCGGGUCAGGAUCUUGCGCAUCAUGAGGCGAGCGCUCUCAAGAGCUUUCAGCCACAUGGAGCUGGUGGCUGGGGCGCGCGUCCCUGUCCUGAACUUCAUCGACGUGCUGACACGUGUCCAUUGCGACAUGAGCAUCAACAACGACGGCGCCUUGUUCAAAUCCCGGGUCCUGCGCUGGGUCCUUGAACUGGACGACCGGUGUCGGCCCCUCGUCUAUUUGGUCAAGGCUUGGGCGCGCGCACAGGGAAUCAACGAUUCGCGGAGCGGGACCAUGAACUCGUACGCCAUCUCACUAAUGGUGGUGUUUCACCUUCAGACGCGUUCGCCUCCUAUCCUACCCCCGUUUGACGCCAUCCUUGGGAAGGAAUACCACGAUCUUAGAAAAGAUGUCGACGUCAGCGAGAUCCGAGUUACAGAAGAGCAGCUGAACAAAUGUCGGGAAUGGGUCAUGAAAGUGAAGGCGGAGAGGCAACGGCAGGCCACGAACAAGAGCACGCUAGGCGAGCUCUUGGCGUCGUUCUUCACCCAGUACGCCUCCGUAGAGUCGCUCUGGCCGCACGGCCUGACCGUCAGCCCGUGGAGGGGCUCCUGGAAGGAAGCCCGGGAGGUGCACACCGCCUGGUACGGCAAGCAGUACACCAUGAGGGUAGAGGACCCGUUCGACCUGUCCGAGAACUGCGCGCGAUCGGUCCAGCCCGGCCGGCUCGCCUUCGCUCGCAUCUGCGGCGCGUUUCGUGCGGCGGCGCACAUCUUGCGCCACCCACCGCCUGUCGCCAAGAUCGAGGAGAUCAACAUCGCGCUGUUCAACGGCCAGAUCCCCAUGGUCAACGGCGAUUUCAUCCUGGGGGGGCGCGCGGGACUCAUGGAACAUGUUACUCUACCCGCCCAGAGGGGUACGGGGGGGCUUGCAUCGACGAGUGGGGGUUAUCAAGCUCCGGGGCCUUACCGCCCCCCUGGGAUGUGGGAGGGGGGUCAUGCGGCCAGGAACGGGCCCCCCCAGCAGGGGGGUAACGUCGCCCCAUUUUCCGGCCCCCUCCCGCAGCAGAACCACGUGAUGACCAUGCUGGCCGCGCUAGGCGGCGCUCCUGGUCCGAGUUCUCAGCCCCUCUUCCCGGCACACCUUUUGCCGGCUGAGCUUCCCCCCCCGAGAUCCGAACCCGGACCUCCCCCGCAACAAAGUACCGGGGAGCCGUCGAGCUCAGAAGCUUCUCAGAACCCCCCUUCCACUAACCCUAUCCAACCUCGCCCCCCCCUGCUGCAAAACCCCCCCGCUUCUGCCCACUUCCCCCCUUACCCGGCCCCCCACUUUCCGCCUCCCUACUCCGGCCACCCCCCCCUAGGGCCCCCUCCCCAACAACAGCACUACCCUCAACAGUAUCCACAGUACCCGGCACACCCCUUGUAUCUACACCAUACGCCGUCCGGACCUUAUCCUGCCCCUCAAACGGCGCCGCCUCCGUACCCGGGUCCCUCGCAGCCCUCUCCUAAUCUCGGGGUCCAGUCGCAGGAUGCACCGCAGCAAUCUCAAGCUCAGCAGUCGCCAUCUCAUGCUCAGCAGCCACCCCCGGGGGGCUUCCACGGAGCUCCCGGUCACGACCCGUAUUCACACCAGCCGCGAGCCCCGUCCCCCGGGCAACGGUUCCGAGUGCCGAGCGACUCGCGGGGGCAGACGCCAAGCAAAGUGGUGGAAAGAUUCCCUCCCAACCAUCGCUUCCGGCCCCCUAGUGAAAUACUCACCAGCCAGGAGUCACAGCAGAGAACAGUCGGUCCUCCACCGACAAACCUGACAUCCGAGCAAAACGGCUCCAAUAAGGCCUCCCCGCAGGUGCAACCCGGUAGUCAGCCAAACGGGGCUCCGAACGUCGGGAAGGGAGGGUCUGCGUUGCCAGGUAGCGCGGUGGUUGGGGGGCUGUCGUCAAGGCGAGUUGUCAAUGCUCGGGCCGAUGCGCCCGCGGACGACCGGAGCCGAAGCGCGGCAAUCUACGGCUAUUCAGUGAUAGAGUAAUCAACGCUUUAGGGUGGUAGGGGGCAAGGUUAACGAUGUCAUGUGCAAAUAGUAACACGAGGUUGCCAGUCGCUGUUUGGCUCAUGGCGGUUGGGGAGCAAUUUGUGUAACUUGCGGGUUGCUUGAAACCUUGAGCGGUGGCCGAGAGCGAUGAAGUGCAGUGGUGUAAUUUUGCCUUGUAACUUUGCCUUGCCUCUGCCCGUUCGGAAGAAGUCUUUCUAGGAAAAUCAUAUCUGAUUAGGACCUGCAGAACGGAAUAGGGCGGCCGGAUUGAUGCGCAGUCCCACCGCCAGCUUUUGUACCUGGGUUGCCAGCAUCUAGUCGAGCUUGGGUUGUGGGCACUGGAGACUUUCCAGCCCAUGGAAUUCUGAUUGUUGGAUUGGGCAGCGGGAACUUCUCGACAUGUUCGCUGGAAAAAUUAUCGUAAGGGGGGGGGGGCUAGAUUGGCAUUCCGUGAAAGUGACGACUUAAGAUGUGUGGGCUCGGUUGGCUUAGCUAAGCAUGCCAGUGUCAGUGUAUGUUUGCGGUUAUUCUGUCCACGUUACCAGACUUCACAUGAUCGAAGAGAUCAUGUCUGGCCAGCAAUGGCAAGUUGCUGCGAAGAUGCGAUGUGACUAGGUUAACAGGAAUCGUGUCAGUCAUUCAUUUAUACUUCUACCUAGGAACGUACCUUGCGCCUUCACGUUCAGACCAGUUUGAAUCUCGUAAAG